UAAUUCUGAAAAAUUUAUCUAAAUCGUGUGAGAAAGCACAAAUGAUUUUAAUAAAAAUUCAGGCUUUCAGUCUAAUUAGAAUUUUUUUAGUUUUCCCACUUCUGAAGACUUUUUUCAUUCGCCUAGUUUGACAAUUUAAUCUAAAUGGUUGACGCUUAUUUGACAAAUGGUUCGAAACUUGUUGACAUCACUAAUGAAUUUUUGAAAGCUUGUGAAGAAUUGGAAACUGGCGAAUUUUCCAUGUCAAAUGACUUUAAAAUUUCUCAUGCUAUGAGUGCUAUAGAAAUUAUGGAUCCGAAGAUGGACUCUGGAAUGGAAUUUUUUGAAUGGAAAAUGCUUAAUUUUACUGAUAAGGCAAAACUUACACAAGUAUUAUUUUUGAAUAAUUUUAUUUCUUGA